AUGACUGGAAUGACUGAAUUAGGAUGUGAUUCUAUUGAAAAAUUGAAAAAUCAAAUUAAUAAUUUAGAAGCUGAAAUACAAGAUUCAGUAAAAUUUAAGGAAUUUUAUCAAUUUACAUUUGGUUUUGGUAAGAAUCCGCAACAGCGAGGAAUGGAAUUAAAUACAGCAAUUGCGUAUUGGAAUUUAAUUUUAAAGGAGAGAUUUAAAGCUCUUGACCUAUGGUGUGACUUUUUAAAGGAACAUUAUAAGCGCUCAAUACCGAAGGAUACGUGGAAUUUAUUACUUGAUUUUGUUCUAACAAUUAAAGAAGACUUAUCAAAUUAUGAUGAAGACGGUGCCUGGCCGGUGGUUAUUGACGAAUUUGUUGAAUAUGCAAAGCCAAAAAUCGCUUCACGGUUAAAGUCAACUGUAGUCUAA